GACCGGAGCCAGCGGAAGAUGGCGGAGCCGCCCGGCGCCGCGGCCGAGGACGCGUGGGGGAAGGUGGACGCUGCCUACAGCGACAAUGGGCUGGACUCGGCACUCUUUAUGGAAAAUACUAGGAAAGGAAGCAUAGUAUCACGAGCCAACAGCAUCGGCUCCACCAGUGCCUCUUCUGUCCCCAACACAGAUGACGAAGACAGUGACUAUCACCAAGAGCCCUACAAGGAGUCGUACAAGGACCGGCGCAGGCGAGCACACACUCAGGCGGAGCAGAAGAGGCGGGAUGCCAUCAAGAAAGGCUACGAUGACUUGCAAGCCAUUGUUCCCACAUGUCAGCAGCAGGAUUUCUCCAUAGGCUCCCAGAAGCUGAGCAAGGCCAUCAUCCUUCAGAAAACCAUCGACUACAUCCAGUUCCUGCACAAGGAAAAGAAGAAACAAGAAGAAGAAGUUUCUACCCUCAGGAAAGACGUGAUGGCCUUGAAGAUCAUGAAAGUGAACUAUGAGCAGAUUGUGAAAGCUCACCAGGACAACCCAAAUGAGGGGAAGGACCAGGUCUCUGACCAGGUGAAGUUCAAUGUUUUCCAAGGCAUUAUGGAUUCCCUAUUCCAGUCCUUUAAUGCCUCCAUCUCAGUAACCAGCUUUCAGGAACUCUCAGCGUGUGUCUUCAGCUGGAUUGAGGAGCACUGUAAGCCUCAGACACUACGGGACAUUGUGAUUGGGGUCCUGCACCAACUGAAGAGUCAGCUGUACUGAAUGCUCCCUGCUGCAGUGUCAGUGGCUCCAUGUCUGCUGCCUCCUCAGCACCUCUGCGGGCGAUGGGGCACCUCCUUCCCGGGAGGGCCUGGGUGACAAAGGCCAGGAAAGGCUGUUUGUUUGUUUGUUUGUUUGUUUUUCCCCCUUGUGGUUGUUCUUAAAGCUUCUCCGAAUUAUUUAUUGUAUUAACUAUAAAAACAAAACUGGACUGUGCAAACACCUCUGCUCUACAGAUGCUGUCACAGUCUGUAUGACCAAAUAUUUGGAAGGACUUAAUGAGCAAAGAAAGGGGAAAAAAAUGUAACGCGCACAGGCCUCUUAGGUUACCAGAGAGUCUUUAGCUCAGGCAGGCUUUUUGUGGUUGGGUUUGUCUGUGCCACUGACUCUCCACAGCCCUAGCUGAAAAUCAGCUAGUGGAACAGAUCUAUUCUGUAAUCUCGGACUUCUGAUCCAAACCCUUUGGAUCCUGGAAAAAAUUAUAUUAAAAGUUGUUGGUUUCUAUUUAAGCAGAUUAGAAAUAGGCUUCUCCCCUAACUGAAGGUUUUUUUUAAAUACUUCCUUGUGAAGCAGCUCUUUUCAAGGUCAAGAGGCUGUUUUUAACUUCUUGAGAUGGUUUUGGAGAAGGCCUGUGAAAACCAAUUGAAGGAUUAGCCCAUAACUGCCACAAGACACGUUUACUCAGCAUAGAUGUGCCUUCCCCAGUGCAGAAUCACUGGAGGAGCGCUCCACGGGACACUGCUAGCCUGACCUCUCCAGCCCUAGCUGUAGCUCCCCUAAAAGCGAAACAGAUGUGACUUUCUUUGCAGGCUUUUCCUGCUUCUGCAUCACUGUUGCUGCAAUGUGUCUGGCUUCAUCUUUCUUCAGUUUUUGAUGUGGCCACACUGAAUGGGAAAGUAGUUCAGUAGGUGUAGCGCAGCGCUGCAGCAGUUUCUAUCUGCUUCUUGUUAGAACUGUAGUUUUAUAUGUAACCAGCUUUGAUUUUUAUUAUGAUUCUUUUCCAUAUAAAUCACUGAAAUCAUACUAAAGUAUUAUCAACAUCAGUUGCAGAUUGCAUCAUUGCAGAUGAAUGCUCUCUGGGACAAUUUUUAACCUGUCACACACUGCUGCUUUCAGUAUGGUUCACAGUUCUAGCCAACACAAAUACUUAGUGGAGAAAUGUUAUCUGCUAACUAAGCAAUAGCUGUUUACUACACAAAAUGAUUGUACUGGAUUGCUUCACAAAAGCGACUCUUAUAUUAGCAUUUGUCUUCUGUAACCAUAGUCUUUCUACCACUGUGACAUUAGCAUGUAUUUUACCUGUUUUCCACUAUCAUGGAGGUAAUACCCAGCUCAGAGUUGCUUUGUUUGAAUGCUGCAGCAUUGGAAUGUUUAAACUACUGCUUCUACAUGAUUUAGUGUAGAAACCCUUUAUGUGGAUUUGAUAUUUUAUAAACAAUUGUCCUUUCAAGAGCAUGCAGUAUGAAGGCCGAGAGGAUGUGAUGCACAUAACCUUGCAUGCGCAGGGUCAGAUGUGUAUCCUGUAAGAUGUUGCUUUGUGAUGAAGAAAAUAUGCUGUUGUGGAGGAACAGAAUGCACUAUAUGGCUAAGUAACUGGCACAGAUGAUUGAAUUCUUUAGAUACUUUGCCAGAAGCAGCCUCCUGCCUUGUGAGGAGGACAUGAAUUUUUACAGACCUCACAUACAAAAGUGACUUAUUUUUCUAUUGUGAAAAGAAAAAUAAUUAAAUAAAUUUUGCUGAAUGAUUUAA